AUGGACACCCAAACUUUCCGUGCCGACGCGGCCAUCUUCUCGCCCGGUCCUCGAUCCGAAUGUGGACAAAAGCCACCAGAGGAUCUGGAGACGAACUUUGUCGGUGACCAGCUCGAGUUUGCGAGGCUGGACUCUUCAACUUAUGCUAUUACGAUUGUAGGAACACGUGUACUGUAUGUUUUUGAAUUGUGUGCCUUUUCACCGAAAUACGCAUUUAUUUUCCGAGCCUCCGUCAGGGUGGAAGCCAUUACAGAUGCCCUCCAUUCCUAAUUCAGUUACCAUCCCUCCAAAAAAGACAGUUUUAUUCCAUUCGGGUAAAACAUGCAAAGGUGCUUUUAACCGACCCUGAGGAUUUCCUUUUCUAGAACUAUUUCCUCACACUAGCAAAUACGCUGAUGGCAAGCCGGAUAACCCUAGUGGUCCAGAUUAAUACCAAGUAAAUACCUAUUUUAU